AACUUGACACUCAUUGGAGUUUGUAAGAUCUUUGAAAAUAUUGACCUCUAUAUCACCUUUGUGAAUUUGGAAUGUUGCAUGCAGUCAUGCAGUAAUCAACAAAUUUUAAAGGUAUUAAAAUGUAGUCUGAGGUACAUAAAUUAUUCUGUUUUCCAGAACUUCAAACAGCCAUCGAGGAUAACAUUCCUGUCUCUUAACAUCGGUAUACCGGCAUAGAGAUGUCCAGUUCAGCUGUCUUGCCGGUUGCUGGCCUGGGGUCAAUGGCCCACUCAGCUGGGCUUGUGGAGAUCGCAGUCAGGCUGUGCUUGAACCAGAGUAAACAGCUCUGUCCUCAUGUGUGGGUUCCCAUCCUGAAGCCCCAGAGGCCUUGCAUCCGUCCUCCAGUCUCAGAGCAGCUGUCUGACGACUUCUUGAGUGAAGCCUAUCUGAAUCAUCCUUUCGCAUACUUAUUAGAGGACCUGGAUGACGACUAUGACGAUUUUGCAAUCCCCAUCAAGAAUAAGCGUGUGGUUUUCGCCGACUCUGUGGGAUUCUCGCUGACAGCUGUGCGAGAAUUUUCCGAUCAAGAGGAGCAGUGUGACCUGGAUCUGCUGCCCACGCUGCAGGAUUUAGGAAGCAUGAUAGAGGACAGCUACAGCUGCACAGUCAGCACCUACUGCCCAGGAACUAAACUCAAACUGGGUUUCCCACAGCCCUCUCUGAAUUUCCAGGCCUUUCGUGCCAAGCUGGCAGAGAGCAUGGUUAUCCUGGAGAGUUGCACUGUCAAUGAACAGGUACUCCAAGGUACCGUCCGAGUCAAGAACAUCAGCUUCCAGAAGGAUGUGCGUGUGCGCAUAACCUUUGACUCGUGGCAGAGUUAUAGACAUGUGGCCUGCGCGUACCUGCAGAAACGCUUCGGAGGACCUCAGACAGACAUCUUUGAAUUUGACAUAGACAUUCCUAAAGUGCUUGAUGCCAAGAGAAGGAUAGAGUUUUGUUUAAUGUAUUUACCUGAAGGCCAUAAUGAGCCUUUUUGGGACAAUAACAACGGAAAGAAUUACAGCAUUACAGUAUGUGUGAACUCACAUCUCUGCCACGGGAAGACUCUAAGCGAAAGGGCAUGAAUAACUCAACCUACAAAUGAUUACUAUUUUCAUCAUGCAAACUACAACAGCAAUGGAUAAUUUUAAUACAUUUGAAUUGCACUCUAAAAGUGGUUAUUUAAUUUGUUGGCUUUCAGAUUCAGUAACUGCGUUGUUUAAAUAAAAAUCUUUGUGACAUUCA